UUUCUACUCAAAGUAAGUGUAUAAUUAACAUAACGAAAAAUGUUAUAGCCUAUGUUAUGUUUAGUGAGGUAUACAUAUGGCAACGCGAUUUUUUAGUACCAUUUUAUACAUCUGUGUCUAACACCAACAACAACAUCCACAAACAAAAAAGCCGCACAAAAUUGCAAUUUCUUAUUUGCAAAAAAAAUAUUUUUUGAUUGUAAUUGGAUAUUUAUUGUUAAAUUUGUGAUUGGAAAAAUAGUUUUUUUUAUAAAAUAUUUGUUAAAAACACAAAAUAUAACAGUUUUGUUAUUGAAAGUUUGUGUGCCUUAUUGUUAAGAAUGUCUGCGGAGCUGCCCAGCAUAUCCGAAGAGCCCAGUUCAUCCAAUCCCAGUGAGACACAGAAAGCCGAAGUUAAAACUGAUAAAACCUUCUCACGUUAUCGUUCUCUAAUUGUAACCGAGUGUGGUUUUAAAAUAACCACGACGGAAAAUUAUUUGAAGCGUUUGCAAAAUUUGCGUAAAGAAUUGAAUUACAUUAACGAAACCGAUUGGAUGUAUGAUUCUUUGGAUAGAAAGCACAAUCCUUAA